AGACCGUGAAGUGACUUAAAGUCCCAGACCAUGAACUACGUGGGUCAGCUGGCAGAGACGGUGUUUGUGACCGUGAAAGAACUGUAUCGCGGUCUGAAUCCGGCCACGCUCACCGGCGGCAUCGACGUCAUCGUGGUUCGCCAGCCUGAUGGCAGCUACCAGUGCUCGCCGUUUCACGUGCGCUUCGGGAAACUCGGAGUCCUGCGCUCCAAAGAGAAAGUGGUGGAUAUUGAGAUCAAUGGAGAGCCUGUGAGCCUGCAUAUGAAGCUGGGAGAUAACGGAGAGGCGUUCUUCGUGGAGGAGAAUGAGGAUUUUGAGACGCGGGUUCCCGCUCACCUCUGCACCUCUCCAAUCCCGACCGAUGUCCCAGAAGUGUCCGAGAUGACCGAGUCUCCCUCCAGCAUCACGUCGUCCUCCAGCCGCCGCAAAAAACGCCGCAGGAAGCGAGCGCGUUCAGACACGCAUCUGCGAGAGGAGGCCAGUUCCUCCUCAGAGAGAAAAAGUCUAGAUCAAGAUGUCCUAAAGGAAGAGUCGCUUUUGGGCGCAAGUAAGUCUGUGUACUACUCGCUGUCAGAGGAACCCUUCGAGGAAUCGUCUGGAGCUCAGAGCAGAGACGUUCAUCCUCACUCUGAUGGAGAGUGUUCUGUUAAUGAGAGUGUGUUCUUCAGUCGUCCCUCCUCUCCUAAGAGUGAUUCAGAGUUAUGUAAGCCGCAGGAGUCUCUAGGGCCUCAGAUGCAGUGGAACUGGGGUGCUUUUCCCAAGGUGUGUCAGGCAGAGAGGGAUGAAUCUGAUUCGCUGCGUGACCCGUCCAUCACGCCCUCUGACCACUCCCACUUCCGCACCAUCCAUCGACAAGCGUCCAUUGACAUGGACAGCACUGACUCUACAGCGACGGUGACCGUGGUCACCAAAACGCAUGUAGUGACCUUUCAGUCCGCAGACGACUCCUUCCCACAGGCCUGGACUGCACUGGAAAACAAAGAGACCAAAGACUUAAACCACAGCACAGACAGUCACACUCAGACCUAUAAUAUAACCAGCUCUAUUAACACAAUCCACGGGACCAGUGCUGUCAGUAGUGCAGCUAGUUUAGACACUGUGGCUCAUGUAGGAAGCCAAGAAACCUGGGAUGAGAAUAAUGCCUCGGUCACAUCCGAAAUUCAAACCAUCACAUUCGGUGAGACUGAAUCAAAUACAGUUUUAGAAGCAGAAACAGAGGUAAACUCAGCAGACACAAUCACUGUUUUACCAAAACACCAAAGCUCUGUGGGAGGCUUAGAGGAGGGGGCGGGAUUAGAGACUUCACAGACCAAUCAGAAUGCAGACGGUGCUGGAAUGACACCAGCUCUGGAGUCCAUCGUCAAAUCAGAGGAUUCGAUGCUUCUUGAGUCCUCGAAAACAGCAGACUCUCAGGACAAGAGGAAAGUCAAGCGGAGUCAUCAUUUGGGACCAUCUGAUAUCUAUCUAGACGACCUCUCCAGUCUUAACCCUGAAGUUGCUGCCCUCUAUUUUCCAAAGAGUGAGACAGAGUCAUCGGAUCUGCGCUCGACUCAUGGGCCGGAUCCGUCUCCUCCCUCGGGUCAGCUGUCUCCUCAGUCCCUGGGCAGCACUAACGCAGACAGCGGCACCGAGUAUCUGUCCGACUCUACCACAGACACGCUGGACGUGACCAUGUCUCUGUGCGGGAGAGGAGACAUCAGUCAGAUCAGUAAAGAGAAGUUCAUGGAGCAUCUUGUCAAGUAUCAAGACUUUGUCAACAAUCCUGGAAUUAUUGAAGACCCAAACCUUGUCAUCUGCAUCAACUCAAAAUAUUAUAACUGGGCUGUGGCAGCGCCAAUGAUUCUGUCAGUUCAGGCUUUCCAGAAGACUUUACCAAAGAGCACCAUUGAGCAACUAGUCAAAGAUAAGAUGCCAAAAAAGUCUGGCCGCUGGUGGUUCUCUUGGAGGAGGAAAGAUCUGAACAAUGUUGCGGGAAGCCAAAAGUCUGACGCAGAGGGGAAUCAGCUUGAAGCUUCUGCCGCUAUCGCUGGACCCUCUUCACUGAAGAGUUCUGUUGAACUCUCGAGUGAUGAGGAUGGCUCUGUCUCCAUGAGGAAGAACAGUGAAGAGGUGAACACAGCGCAGUGCAUCAGUCAGAUGUACCGCAAAUCCCUCCGGCUGACCUCUGAACAGAUCGAGAGUCUGAAUCUGCGUGAAGGAGCCAAUACUGUGGUGUUCAGUGUGACCACACAGUAUCAGGGCACCUGCCGCUGUGAAGCCGCCAUUUACCUGUGGAACUACGAUGACAAAAUCAUCAUCUCAGACAUCGAUGGGACCAUCACCAAAUCAGAUGCUCUGGGGCACAUUUUACCGCAGCUGGGGAAAGACUGGACUCAUCACGGUAUCGCCAAACUAUAUCACAAAAUACAUCAGAAUGGUUAUAAGUUCCUGUACUGUUCGGCUCGAGCUAUAGGUAUGGCAGACAUCACUAAGGGUUACUUGCAGUGGGUAAAUGAUCGAGGAACGGUUUUACCCAAAGGACCGGUGCUACUGGCUCCCAGCAGCCUGUUCUCAGCCUUACACAGGGAGGUGAUUGAGAAGAAGCCAGAGGUGUUUAAGAUCGCCUGUCUCACUGAUAUCAGAGAUCUGUUCAGUCUCGUCAGACAGCCCUUCUACGCCGCCUUCGGCAACAGAACUAACGAUGCAUAUGCAUAUAAGCAGGUCGGUGUUCCUGAGACUCACAUCUUCACUGUGAACCCCAAAGGAGAACUCAUACAAGAAAAGACCAAAGGAAACAAGUCCUCUUACUCUCAUCUCAGUGAGCUGGUGGAUCACUUCUUCCCGUUCAUCUGUAAAGAUCCAGCCACCUCCUUCGACUGUCCUGAGUUCAGUCAUUUCUCGUACUGGAGAGAGCCGUUGCCUCCGCUGGACCUCGCUGACCUGAUCUAGACACAGCUACACUCCUCCCACUGCUUCAACUCCACACCAAUCAUAUGUUCAGUUAUACCUCUUCCUCAGCAUUUCUUCUCAUUGUCCUGUACUGUUUAUAUGAGCCGAAUGUGUUUGUGCAUUUACAGCCAAACCUGCUGUAGCAUCAAAACUGGAGACAAACACGCAUGCAAACACACAAUCCUAUACAAACACAUGAUACACGCUGGGUGAGGAAUGUGCAAUGAUGAUAGCAUAACACUACACUGAGCAUCUCGUUCUUCAUCAGAAAUGCUCAGAGAAGCUCUUUUGAGCCACAGAUAGAAACAAACACAUUAAACCGAGUGCCUUCGUACAAACCUGUGCACUAUGACUAUAGAACUGGUCCAGGGUUUUUAUGAAUGCAUGUUCAUUUCAACUUCUCUGCCAAAUAAUGGCCUAUUACAGUUUCUAUGGGGUUUUCUAUUAUUAUUAUUAUCUGUGUUCUUUUUAAAUAUUUUUUACAAUUGCUUUAUUUGAGUGGUUACUGUAAAAGCGUGAGUUUGUUUUUAUCAGCAAAUACUUUAUACAGCCGAAUUGUAUUUUAUUUAUUUUGAACAUUCAAAUUGAGCUAAAACAAAGACAGUCUAUAUAUAUUUGGCUUCCAUUUAUUGUAUUUAAAAGAACAUUGAAACAAUAAAAAAAUCACUAAGUGAUGCUUUAAAUUUC